CAGUGUGUGUUGGUAGCAUUAAACGCAAAGGAACUGUGACUAUAUAACAGGUGAAAUAGCUCAAGUAGUUGACGCUAGAACUGACUUUUCAGCGCUACAUCUCUGCGGGAUCCAAUGAAGGAGCCGGAGCUUAGCUGGCAAGCUACAUGCUAACGUGUGGUGCUUCAUCUUCUUUUCGUUCACCAGGCCAUGGCCAGAAAGCUGUGUGGAUGGGACGGGCUGCAGAUUCCACACACACAUGCACGCACAGGGCAGGGCGUCGGACACCUGUGAUGGAGUACAUCUGAAGGGAUCGCUCCAAGUGACGGUGCGUAUAUUCCAUAUUCAGAGAAAGUCCAGUGGCGGAGCGUGGAAUCUCCUACUGCGAGAGCUGUUCUCCUCUGGGUGCUGAGCAAAAAGCGGAACAUUUUGUCAUCAUGAACACAGACCAACAUCCUGAAUUUACCACCCCAGAGGGAAACGGGAUGGAUGUCUGCAGUGAUGUUGCAGAUGUGAAGCCACAGGAGGAGGAAGAAGAGAGGGAGGAUAGCUCGUUCAGUGAGAAUGGAAUGCAGUGUGCUGAAGGUGUGACGGAUCCACGUACGAUAAAGACAGAGGCAGAGGAGAUGGAAGACAACGAGCACUUCCCCAAAUCUGAAAAAGAAAGGGAGAUUGUGCCAAAAGAGGAAGCAGAGGGGGCCAGUGAGGACGGGAUGGAGGAAGGAUUUGAUGAGGAGAGGACAGAGGAGGACGAUGAGGAGGAUAGGGAAGGGGAGGGGGACGAAGAGGGAGAUACCCUGAAUGAGCCACAGGACCUGUCACUGGUGGACUACUCGCGUUACGACAGUGCAGCCCUGCCAGACGCCCACGCAGCAGUAGCGGCUGGUGCAGAAGGGCCCUAUGUGCCUGGAUCCAUGGCUCCCCGCAUCCAGGCGACAGGCAAGCUCAACUGUGACAUCUGUGGCCUGUCCUGCGUCAGCAUCAACGUACUGUUGGUGCACAAGCGUAGCCACACGGGUGAGAGGCCAUUCCACUGUACCCAGUGCGGGGCCUCCUUCACCCAGAAGGGAAACCUGCUUCGCCACAUCAAACUGCACUCCGGGGAGAAGCCUUUCAAAUGUCCCAUGUGCAGCUACGCCUGCCGUCGACGCGACGCUCUGAGCGGCCACCUGCGCACACAUUCUGUAGAGAAGCCAUUCAAGUGCAACCACUGCAGUCGCAGCUACAAACAGCGCAGCUCGCUCGAAGAGCACAGAGAGCGGUGCCAUAUGUACAUUCAGAGCAAAGGUACCACUGAGAGAGCAGAGGACGGCCAGACAUCCAGGACACAGAUGGGCACUGAGCGUGCUCUGCUUCUCGACAGGCUCGCCAGCAAUGUAGCCAAACGGAAGAGCUCAAUGCCACAGAAGUUCACCGGCGACAAUGGUGUCUGCCUGGACCUGAGUUUUAAUAGGGAGCUGGUCCACCGAACUGACCUCAAGGACUCUACACCAGGCUCCCCAGGGCCCGAUGCCCACCAUCAGCAACAACCCAUCCUCACAGGGCCAGAAAGCGACCCAGCUCCCUCCCACAGGCCUUACCCCAUCCAGUUAGGUCGCAAUAACAUCAGCCCAAUAGGCCUUACCAACGGUCACAAGAUGGGCAUGCCACUCCUGGGCCUCCCUCACAACACCCAACCACCCCACAGCAUGGACUCGUUCCACACUGAUGGCUCCCAGAUGUCCCAGCCUGUCAUGUACAGCUUAGGCCAUCUGCUGGGAGGGCUGAACCACCAGAACGGCAUGCCUCACCCGCACUCCCAGCCCAUCCCCUUGACACCACUGGAGGCUUUACGGGUGCCGCGGGCCGACGGGGAAGCCGGAGCGCUGCCCGGGGCGGUGUACCCCUGUGGCCACUGCAGGGUGAUCUUCCUGGACUACGUCAUGUUUACCAUCCACAUGGGGUGCCACGGCUUCCGCGACCCGCUCGAGUGCAACGUCUGCGGCCACCGCAGCCGGGACCGUUACGAGUUCUCUUCCCACAUAGCUCGCGGCGAGCACCGCCUAGAACUGAAGUAGCUUUCAUUCAUGCAGAUAUUCAUGCAGACAUUCAUGCAGACAUUCAUGCUUACACACACACACACACACACACACACACACACACACACACACAUACACACGCAAGCACGCACAAACACAUAUGCUCAGACAGAUAACACUGCAGGAGCACACACAGAUUUACUCAUAUUAGUAGCUGGUGGUAUCAGAAAUGAAAGCAUGAAGUAGCAGCUAUUUCUCUCUGUGUGUUUUUCCUGUGUGUGUGUGUGUGAGUGUGAGUGUUUAAGAGAGAUAGAUUGAGAGAGACGUUAUAGGAGUGUGACGAGUGUCAGAGUGUUCUUAGUCAUAAUGUACUCAUCUGAAAAGAUGGCCUGUAAAGUUUUUAUGCGGGAGUAUUUCUACUUCCUUUUGAUACAUACAUUUGUACUUAAUGAUCCCUCCUCUAGCCGCUGUUUAUAUCAUAUAUCCAUGUAUACAUUCAAAUGUUCGGCAAAAUAGCAAAAAUGAAUGCAUUGUAUAUCUACUGUUUCUUCCAUCUGUGUAAAGGUGUAAAAAUAAAAGACAACUUCUUUUUUUUCCUUCA